GGGCCCGGGGCAGACGGGCGGGAGCGGCGGCAGGAGCUGGCGGGGCCCUUGUGCCUGGCCGGGGCUGCAGGGUAGCUCAGGCAGCACGUGAAUCGGUGCCAAGUCUGCUGAGGACUGGCAAUUUUUUCUAGCUUGAAGAAAAUUGAAAUAGGCUGAAAAUGAGUACAAUAUUGGAAACCUCUGAGCUGCCAGCAGUGUUUGAUGGGGUGAAGCUAGCUGCAGUUGCUGCUGUUCUGUAUGUUAUCGUUCGCUGCCUGAAUUUAAAAAGCCCCACUGCCCCUCCUGAACUCAUUUACCAGGACUCUGCUUUGGCUCGCUUUCUACUCAAAUCCUGCCCACUUCUGACCAAAGAGUACAUUCCACCCCUCAUCUGGGGGAAGAGUGGACAUAUCCAGACAGCUCUUUAUGGAAAAAUGGGGAGAGUGAGAUCACCACAUCCAAAUGGACACCGAAAGUACCUGACCAUGCCAGAUGGAGCAACAGCCACCUUUGAUCUCUUUGAGCCACGCUCUGAGCACUGCACUGGAGAGGAUGUCACGAUGGUGAUCUGCCCAGGGAUUGCCAACCACAGUGAGAAGCAGUACAUCCGCACCUUUGUGGACUAUGCCCAGAAAAAUGGCUACAGAUGUGCUGUGCUCAAUCACCUGGGAGCCCUGCCAAACAUUGAGCUCACUUCACCACGGAUGUUUACCUAUGGUUGCACCUGGGAAUUUGGUGCCAUGGUGAAUUACAUCAAGAAGACCUACCCUCAGACCCAGCUGAUUGUUGUGGGCUUCAGCCUGGGUGGAAACAUAGUGUGCAAAUACCUGGGAGAGAGCCAGGCCAACCAGGAGCGAGUGCUGUGCUGUGUCAGCUUGUGCCAGGGGUACAGUGCACUCAGGGCACAGGAAACCUUCAUGCAGUGGGAUCAUUGCAGAAGAUUUUAUAACUUCCUCAUGGCAGACAACAUGAAGAAGAUAAUCCUUUCUCACAGGCAAGCUCUUUUUGGAGAUAACAUGAAGAAGCCACAUAGCCUGUCAGAAGCUGAUCUGGGCAAGCUCUAUACAGCAACAUCACUUAUGCAGAUUGAUGAUAAUGUUAUGAGGAAAUUCCAUGGCUACAGCUCACUGAAGGAAUACUAUGAAGAGGAAAGUUGCCUGCAUUACUUGCACAGGAUCAAUGUUCCUCUUCUGUUGGUUAAUGCUGCUGAUGACCCUCUUGUUCAUGAGAGUCUUCUAUCAAUUCCAAGAGCUCUUUCAGAGAAAAAGGAGAAUGUCAUGCAUGUGCUGCCCCUUCAUGGAGGCCACCUGGGAUUUUUUGAGGGAUCUGUGCUGUUCCCAGAGCCCCUUACCUGGAUGGAUAAGCUCGUGGUGCAGUAUGCCAAUGCCAUCUGCCAGUGGGAGAAGACAAAGCCUCACUGCUCAGAUGCUGAGCAGGAUGUGUCUGGCCAGGAGUAAUCGACCCAAAGACUCUGGAUCACUUCAGUAAAUCUCUAUUUGGGAGCAUCUUGUUCCCUCACCUGCUGCUUCAGGUCUCCAUUCUCCUUGAUAUCCUAUGGCUGGGGUUUGAUCACCAUGUGUUUUUCCAAAAUUGAGUUAAAGCAGAGGUUAACAACUGGUCAGAGCCUCUUUGGAUAUCCAGUCACGUGGAUUUGUAAUUUACUGCUCUGCUUGAAGAAUUGGGUUGCUGUCUGUAGCUUGUUCCAGGGCUACUGAGCUAAAGACUGCUUGCUUUAAUAUAGCAGAAGUUUCACAUGUCAAAAUCUCUUUACCUGCUGGUCAAAAACCUGAUCUGCAGCAUUUGUUUAGGUGUAGAUGAUGGGAUAACUGUGGCUCUCUUCUCUCUCUGGGUGCUGGAAAAUCCCUGUACCAAGCCACAAGCCAGUGAGUGAUUCAGCCUGUAAGCCACUAUAGUGUGGCUUGGGAAAACAGGUGCUUGACUGCAAGUGUAGUGUCAGCUUUGCACCAUCUCAAGGGAAACCUUUUAGUACCUAGGAAUGCACUUGCACAAGUGAAUCACUUUAAAAAUACUCAACUUUUCCAUGCUUGAGCUGUGAGUGGAUUGGGGUGGCUUUAUGCUGCAUCUCCAAGAAGAGAAAAGCUGCAGCC